AGUUUUGUGGGUUCACCAAAUCAGCGUAAAAAUAGAACGGAGAAUCUCUGAAGAAAUAAUAUCUGAAAUGGGCUCCUCAUCUAGUAAGAAGCAAGAAAUGUGUGGUUUGAGGGAGGAGGUGGAAGAUUCAGCCGAACACGGCAAUGUGAUUCCGAUUUCGAGAUUGUUAUUCGAGACUAACUACUCAUUUAGUCAAAACAUAGCCAACCGUCUGAAGGAAAUGGUUAAAGAGAUGAUUGAUGACGCCAGAAGGAUCCAGCUGUCAGACGAACUCUCUCAAUUUGACGGUUUUCUAGUAGAAAAUAAUGACAAAUUUCAAAUUAAGAGAGAUGAAUUGAGAAAAUUUGUGUGCGUCAUUUCUCUGGAUAGAGACCACCCGAGCAGAACCAGCGGGAGAUUGAAAUUAAUAGUAACAGAGAGUGUGGAGGAGGAAAUACUGAAUCGCAUUGGCACCAUGCCGGCUGACACGCAGUACGAACUGCUGAAGAACAUGCAAGAUGCAUACUUCGAUGAAGUUACUGGGUACAAUCUGGCCAGGAACAUUUCUCUGAAGGAAGAUGGAAUAGACCGUGUAAGAAUGACCUACACCGACCGAUACAUUGAAGCAUUGGCUCGAAGCAGACGCUACCGUCUGCCCUACUUCUCUCACAAGUUCCUCCAUAAGGACUGUCCAGUCUGCAAGAAAGAGUUUGUUGAGGGGAAGUUCGUGCACACCCUGCACUGUGGACAUGCCCUUCAUUUCCAUUGUUCGGACGCUUACAUCCAACACUUCAGCGUGUGUCCUUGUUGUCGCGCGGACCUUGUGGUCAAUCACAGGGUGGUCGAAAGAGUUGAAAGCAAGAUGAAUGCUGAUGGCUCCAGGGAUCUUUAUGUAUCUCUGUCAAGAGAGAGAGAAAGAGGGGAGAGAGAGAAAGAAAGAGAGAAUGAACUACAAACAUACAACGGUCUUAUAAGCAGAAGCAAAUAUAUCAUCUACCUAAAAUCUCUGCUACUUCUGCUGAUGAAAUAAAAAUUUCGAUGGAUCCUAUAACAAUAAUGAUGGCCAGUCAUAUGCCCUUGUGGCGCAACCGGUUAGCGCGUUCGGCUGUUAACCGAAAGGUUGGUGGUUCGAAUCCACCCAGGGGCGUGUUAAAUCUUUUUAUAACUAGAUAUAACACUAACUAACUUUAUGUUUAAUUAUAUCUGUAUAAUUAAUAAUAUAGUAUAAUAUAUAGCUUUAGAAUUAUUUAUCAAAAUAAAUUUUUUUAAAUAUUUUAUUAAAAAAUAAUAAUAUAAUAAUAUUAAUAGUAGUAAUAAUAUUAAUAACGAUGAUGAUGAUGAUAACAUGUUGAUGAUAACAACAUGCUAUUAGCACUGAUUGGCAUUUUGUGUGUAACAGUUUAUACACUUGAAAGAUUUAGUAAAAAUGUGUGUAUGUGUGUGUUUGUGCGUGUGUGCGUGUGUACGUGUGAAAAAGUGUACAACAAAUUUUUAUGUGAAAAAAUUUAAGUUCCAGUAAAUAAAUUAAUUGAAUAA